UUCCUGUCAUUAUAACUUUGACGCUUCUCUUCAAACCAUCAUGAAACUUUUGUAUUACUAUAUUUUUCUCAAGCUCUUUUUGAGAAUAAGAUGUUUACCUGACAACUGCACAGAAACCCAAGUAAUAACCCCAAAGAAAUCUGUUGAAAUCUUUUGUUCGGACAUUGAUUUGAGCAUAGUGAAACAAAUGCCAAAAGACACAACCAUGCUUACCUUAAGAUUUAAAGCCUUGGACUCUGUAUCAACCUCAACUUUUAAGGGUCUUCCUAACCUAAUACAUCUGGAUUUAUCCAAUAAUUUUCUGUCCAGUAUCCAUGUUGAUGAUUCUUUACCACUGGAGGAUCUUGUCCUGGUCAAUAACUCAAUUAGAAAUAUCCCCAUAUUCUCUAAACUUCCAAACUUGCUCAAGCUUGUUCUCUUCAACAACCAAAUAACAAGUGUUCCAGACAAUGCCUUUAGUGGCCUGACGAACCUCAAGGAGUUAGACCUUGGGAGUAAUAAUAUCAGCAAACUCUCUGAACAGGUAUUUGAAGAUUUGUUAGCCCUGGACAGUUUGGAUCUGUCCCACAAUAAUUUGGUUGAAGUUCCACGAUACCUGAUAUCUGAAGCCAAAUAUCUGGGAAAACUUUAUUUGACAGGAAAUAAACUUACAACGAUUCCUGAAUACUUUUUUUAUGGGGUUGAUCCACCCUAUGUGUAUGUAGACCAAAAUCCAUGGAAAUGCGACUGUGGCCUAAAGUACUUUCAAUCUUGGAUAGAUGAAAACCCUGAUAAAAUCUAUGUGAAAGAAGAUGAGCAGAAAAUAAAAAAUGAUCAGUUUAGUGUGAUCUGUGACAAACCACAAGGUACCCCACUCCUGAAUUAUACCAUAGUCGGAUGUGGGAGAUCACAUGAUUAUAAUCCAACCACAGUGCGGCAAACUACAAAGGACUGGCAGACAACUACCAGGGAAGUUUCUACACCAUUUUGGAAAACAAGUAAAAUAGCUACAAUUAGGCCAAUCACAGAAGGAAAGGUAUUGUUAACUACACUUCCUACACUAACCAGCAGAAAAUCGGAAUCUACAACAAAUGUGAUACAAACUGUUGCACUGACAAAGAAGUGGCAGACAACUACCAGGGAAGUUUCUACACUGUUUUGGAAAACAAGUGAAAUAGCUACAAUUAGACCAGUCACAGAACAAAAAGCAUUAACAUCUACACUUCCUUCAACGCAUGGCAAAACCAUUACAGUCAAGGAAGAGACAACAAUAACAGAAGAACCUACCACUGCGAUGUUGGUACAAACCACUACCACUGCGAUGGUGGUACAAACCAUUAAGAGCAGUACAGUUGCUUUUAAGGAAGAGACAAAAAGAGCUGAUUUACACUCACCUCCAAUGCUGCAAACAGCGGUCACAAUCCUGAAUGAUGAAUCUGUCAGAACAGAGACAACAAACCCUGUUAUGUUGUCAACUGCACAUUUUCCUGUUUCACCCUUAGGUAGAGAGAAGCAUACAUCUUGCCUGGAAGAAACCAUCAUCGCACACUGUUGCUUUCUUCACUUCAUUCUUUAUCUCUUCAUUCUGUUUAUCCUUCUGUUGCUGACUGUAGUAACCACAGCUUGGCUGAUUUGGGGAUACAUUGUCUACCAUAGACUAUCCCAUACACUCUCUGAAGAUCUACCCAUGGUUCGACUGAUUCGCUAUAGCCUACUGGUGAAAAGACAAGAGGAUCUGUUACAUUUGGGAAGCAUCAGUAACAAAGGCUCUAACGUUUCCAGGCAAUUACUACCAGAAGCAACUCCAAUGUUAGUUCUAGAGGCUAGUUCCCUAAGCCAAGUGAACUAUACUUCUGCCAUUCUGUAAUUGGACUGCGUAUCUACAUAUUUGUAUGAAGCAAACUAGGCAAUUGGUACCAAAUUCUAACCAACUUGAUUGUUUUUAGAAGAUUGUAACACCUAACAUGGAUUUGCAUUCAUAAAUCUCUUGACAAGGAAUAGGCUCCCAAAAUUCUGACAACUUGGCAAGCUUGAUGAACUUGAAUAAACCUACCAAUGUCAAUUUAGAGAAAUAAACAUCAAUUAUAUCUAUUAUAGUUUUAUUAUAUAAGAAAAUACUUAAAUUCUUGAAUGCUUUUGGAAUGUAUAACCUUGAUCUAUAAAUAAAUGUAAUCUUUUAAAAGCAAUAGCAGUAAUCAUGUAAAGAAAAACAGUCUAACACUUAUUACUUUGAAACAAACACAAAGAAAAGUGUAGCUCAGACUCAAUAAUCUAAAGAUACAAUGGCAUGAAUAAAAACACACACAAGAUACAUCUGUAGUGAUGAGCAUAUGAAAGUCCCACUUCAUCUGUUAUUCCUCUGCCAUCAAGAUCUGAUCUCUCUGGUUACUCACUCCUAACAAACUGUCCAACUGGAGAAGGAAAGUUCCUGGUUCUGUGUGGCUACGAGAGCCCGCAGGGGACAAAAUACCUAUACUCGCUUGGUCUGUCAGAAUGGGACAGGCUUUCUCAAGAGAAGGAUCUUGAGAAAGUCUGUUCAUUCAAAUACAAGGGAACUAUGAGGUUGAUUAUCUAAACCUCUCCAGAUCAAACGUGAUUUUUCUCACUGACCCUCGCAGGGGCUACCAUGGUGGAAUCAUUGUAA